GUCCUUUAAGUGGUAAUCUGUAUAGGAGAGUGUUGAAGAGCGAAUCGGGUCUGGAGGAGGAAAGCAGAAGAAGCAGAGGCUGAAACUUGGACCACAAAACAGUACUUUUCUGCUGUGAGGGCCAAGGAGCACUGGGACAACAUCUUCAGAGUCUUCUGUUGUAUUUCUUCCCGUUUUCUCUGAUUUGUUCUGAAAGCUUUGGAGGAUUGCCUGUUGGCGGUGGAUGCCAUCUGGCUGGAGCUUUAUCUGGGUUUUAUGCUGAGAGCCUUUGGCCAACUGUGGUUGCUUGCAUCGAGCACUAAGAAGUGCUUCCCUUUCCUCUAGAUGACAGACACUUCAUAUGCAUAUGUAAUCUUUUAUAAGCAGGCGUGUGUGUGUGAGAGUGUGUUUACUAAGUCUGUGUGUCUGAGCCUUGUCUGAAUGCUGUCCUUGUCCUUGGCAUGUCUCAACCUGAGUUAUUGCCGCCACUGGACGUGACACUGUGUGUGUCCUAACUUUGUCCUGUCAGAGCAACCCAACAUGAGCGAAGGGGGAAACCAUUUUAUGUUCACCCGCCAUCUGUCAAAGAAGUAGCAGUUUGGUCAAUCCCCCCCCCCCCCCCCGUCCCAUCAUGGAGUCUGUGGUGAGGGUGAAGAAGUCACUGAGGAGGCCCAUCAGGAAGUUGACCAGCUGUGUGUCAGGGGUGAAGGAGAGGCAGUUGUGUGCCAAACCCAGGAACAAGAGAGGCAGAGGUGGGGGAGGAAGAGGAAGAGGAGGAUGCAACAGGCAGGGGAGGACCCCUAAUCUCCGAACUGCCCACCCCAAAGACCCGUCGGUCAUCUGCUCAUACCAGGCAGACCUGGAGAAGGAGAGGAAGCUGCGGGAAGCGAUGAACGCUCAGAAGAACGCGGAGAGAGCAACUAUGAGAGCUCACUUCAGGAGAAAAUAUCAGCUGUCUGAGAGCUCUAAGGACACAAACCACCUGAGGUCUGUUAUAGGGAAAGUGUCGCUCCCCCAUGAGCUGUCGAGGAUCAUUCAUCCUGAAACCAAAACCAAGGACAACGGCUUCAACCUGCUGAGUGCCUUCCAAGGCCUCAGCUUCGGCCCAGCGGCGCUCACAGGGAGGAAACACAGCAAGACGUCCACUUAUACACCAGCAAGGGGGGACUCUUGUAAAGUCAUGUGAUCAAUACAUGAUUACAGGGCCGAUCGGCACACUGCCUUCUGGUUGUGUUAGUUGGUUAAAGAAAUGCAGGGAGAAUGCCAUCAUACAUGAUUGCUGCUCACAGACAAACAAACUGCAUCAUCUUACAUGAACAUACAAACUCAGUCCUGUUACCAUGGUUACAGCAUCAAAAGUAAAAGUAGAGAAAUGGUCCCAGAGAGUGUUUAUUAUUUUAUAUGAUUAAUAGUAAUGUGUAUGUUGCUUUUUACAGCUCUAGAUGUUUAAAGUUGAGCAAGUUUUUACUACUUUAUACAUUAUUAAUCCCCACAAUGCAACAUAUUUUAUAAUAUCAGCAUGUGUUUGUAGCAUCGCUGUCUCGUGAGAACCUAAAAAAAUAACCUGUUCAUGAGCUCUGAAACACAGCUCGGCUCACAGCUUUGAUGAUACAUACAUUAUAUUCUAGCUAAUCUGAGGGUUUUUAAAUAGGCUAGUUUAUUUAUCUUAAGAAGUAGGAGAAUUUUGUCACCCCAUUAAGGAUCCUUUAAAUCCUUCAGUUUAUAAAUUUCAAAGAUAUGUGGUUUUCACUGGAAAUGAAGGGUAUGAAUUUACAACUUGUAACUAAAGCCUCUGAAAUGUAGGGGAGUAGAAGCAUAAAGUUGCAUAAAUUGGAAGUACAAGUACCUUGAAUUUACUUGAAAAAUGAAUUUUAAAUGUACUUCCAGCACUGCCUGUUACACACAAUGACAUCGUGUCAUUCAGACUUUCUUUUUGUACUUAUUUUUUGUCUGUUUUGUAGCAAGAAUAAUACAGCCAGAUGGUUUAACAUCUUCUAUAAAAUGCACUAAAUGUAAGUAGGUUGAUCAAACCUGUAAAUGUAAUGAAUUCCCCGAUAAUAACCUUAUUAAUACACCAGUCAGUUAAAGUUAACUCACAAGUGAUG